CCAGAGAGGCAGAGAAGAAGAAAAAUGGCGGCUCUAGGCGAACCCAAACGGGACGCCGGGCUAACGUUUUGAGCUUUCGCACCCGGACAGACACAGGGGUAUCACGGGGUUACUACACCGUCUGAAUCCCCACCGGUCCAGCUUUGUGGCGGUACCGCUUUCGCUCGCGUCCGUGUAGGCUAAAUAAACGCAAAAAUUGUGACUGUAAAAUAACAGAUUUCGCCUAUCAUGAGAGGGAAAAGAGGCAGGCCGCCCAAAUCGCUACAAGCCGAGGAGCCGUCCCCAGCUACGGCCCGGGGCUUGCGACCCAGGAGGAAUCUUAAGCCCAGGUUGCGGGACAGCGGGGACGAGGAGAGCCCCACAAGGGAGACCAGCAAGCCGGCGAGAAAGAAGAGAGGGGGACCCGGCACGUCAACACGGGGCAGGGGAAGAGGUAGAGGUGGCGGCGGCGGCGGCAGAGGAGGCAGAGGGGGUCGUGGAGGAAGGCGGACGGCUGCGUCCAAAACAGUGGUGUACGACGACCACGAGAGCGAGGAGGAGGACGAUGCUGUCAGUUUGAGAUCCGAGGAGGAUGAGUAUAUUGAGGAGGAACCUCAGUCCGAAGAGGAUGAGGGCCUCAAAGAGGACUCUGACUGCCUUGAAGAUGAUGUGCUGGACGAGGAGGAGGAGGAGGAGGAGGAUGAUGCCAGCUACUGUACAGAGAGUAGCUUUCGGAGCCAGAGCACACACGCCAGCACUCCGGGGAAGAAAAAAGUACGAGCUCCCCGGCCUCGCACUCCCAUCCUGGAGGAGAAGGAGAUUCCUCACCUGGAGCUUCCUAAAACCUCCGAGGAUCUCCUGGUGCCUAACGAGGAGCUGCUCAACGCCACCUCCAUCUACGAGGUGCUACGGAACUUCAGCACGGUGCUGCGUCUCUCCCCCUUUCGCUUUGAGGACUUUUGUGCUGCACUGGUAGGCCAGGAGCAGUGCACUUUAAUAGCAGAGACCCAUAUUUCCCUUUUGAAGGCCAUCCUACGGGAGGAGGACUCCUCCAACACUACCUUUGGCCCCGCUGACCUCAAGGACAGUGUCAAUUCCACUCUGUACUUUAUUGACGGCAUGACAUGGCCUGAGGUGUUGCGGGCGUACUGUGAGAGCGACCGGGAGUACCAUCAUGUCCUUCCAUACCAGGAAGUGGAUGAGUAUCCCUACGGCCCUCUUGAAAGUAAGAUCAAGGUGCUACAGUUCUUGGUGGACCAGUUUCUCACCACCAAUAUCGCCCGUGAGGAGCUGAUGUCGGACGGCAGCAUGCAGUAUGACGAUCACUGCCGUGUGUGUCAUCGCCUGGGUGACCUGCUGUGCUGUGAGACCUGUUCAGCUGUCUAUCACCUGGAGUGUGUGAAACCACCACUGGAGGAGGUUCCAGAGGACGAGUGGCAGUGUGAGAUUUGUGUGGCACACAAGGUGCCUGGUGUCACAGACUGUGUAACGGAGGCACAGAAGAACAAGCCCUACAUCCGCCAGGAACCCAUUGGAUAUGACCGGCACCAGAGGAAAUACUGGUUCCUAAACAGAAGGAUUAUUGUGGAAGAGGACGGGGAGGACAAGAAGAAAAAGAUCUGGUACUACAGCACCAAGGCGCAGCUGGAGGAGUUCAUGGAGCGCCUGGAUAAAGAGUACUGGGAGAUGGACCUGCAUGCCACUCUGGAGGAGAUGAAGGAGGAAGUCCAAGCUCACAUGGACAUCACAGAGGACCUUACCAACAAAGCCCGUGGAAACAAUAAAGCCUACCUCACUGCUGUCAACGACGUGAUCAUGGAGCAUUUGAAGGUCAAGCGGGAGGCACAGGAAGCAAGGAGGCGAGCAGAGGAGGCUAAGAAGGAAGCAGAAACGGGCUCGGUUAAAACGGCGGAGGACACCGCCGAGUCCAGCUCGCAGCUCAACAACAGAGAGCACAAAGACGCCGAACACAAGGAAGAGGCUAGUUCCCAAGCAGCCUCGGUUCCCCCUGCUGCAGAGGAGAGCUGCGUGUCUGAUGCUAACCCCGGUUCAGCCUCCCAGGACUCAGCUGUGCCUAAAACAGAAUCCCUUGAAUCAAAGGAGGAAGCGGAGCCUGCUCAGUCUAGGAGUCAGGAGAGUGGGGAGUCCCCUCCGGUGGCAAAGCAGGAAAGGACAGAUGAAGAUGUGAAAGCAGGGUCUAGCAGUGAAGUCGCACACCCUGACGACUCGCAGGCGCCGACCCAAGAUCAGCCCCAGCAGCCGUUGUCUCAGCCAGAGACGAGCGGCGGCGGCAGCCAGGUUUCUGGAUCUGGGAGCCUCAGGAAACUAGACCCGCCUGACCUGGCUGAUCGGUCCUCUCAGUCCUCCUUCACCAGCCAGGACGGGACAGACGAGUACAACGAACGGGUCAAGAGCGAUAAGCCGAGAGCGGCAGGACAGGAGCUGAAUAACCGAACACCCAGAGGCAGCAAAGAGUCGUCCCCUGUACGCUCCGAUGGCGAAUCUUCGCGGCUCAGCUUCUUGAAAAGAGACCUGACUGUGAAUCUGAACAGCUUGUUCAAACUGGGUCAGGAGGGGAAAUACAGGGUCUACCACAACCAGUACAGCACCAACGUCCUGGCCCUCAACAAACAUCAGCACCGCGAGGACCACGACAAGAGACGCCACCUGUCCCACAAGUUCAGCCUGACCACGGCAGCCGAGUUCAAAUGGAACGGCUCCAUCUACGGCUCGCGGAGUCUGACCGUCUCCACCCUGCGUCUCACCAUCAUCCAGUUGGAAACCAACGUGCCCGGGCCGUUUAUGCAUCCCAACUGGGCAUCGCACAGGACCAACUGGAACAAAGCAGUGCAGAUGUGCAGCAAGGCCAGGGAAUUCGCUCUGGCCUUGGCCAUACUGGAGUGUGCCAUCAAACCAGUCGUCAUGCUGCCUGUCUGGAAAGAUUCUCUUGGACACACAAGGCUCCAUCGCAUGACCUCCAUGGAGCGGGAGGAGAAAGAGAAGGUGAAAAAGCGAGAGAAAAAACUGGAAGAUGAGGAGACGCUGCAGCAGGCCACUUGGGUGAAGUACACCAUCCCCAUCAAACACCAGGUGUGGAAGCAGAAGGGAGAGGAGUACAGAGUGACUGGUUACGGUGGCUGGAGCUGGGUCAGUAAAACCCACGUGCCGCGUUUUGUUCCAAAGCUCCCCGGGAACACAAACGUAAACUAUCGCAAAGCACUGGAGGCAGCUAAAAUGACCAAGGAAAAUGCAGCAGCUUGCACAAAUAACCAGAAGAAGUCGACGGAAACUGAGAAGCAGAACGCAGCGAAUGAGGACAAGGAGCAAGCGUCUGUCACUGCAUCAGCGCAGAGCACUUCAUCAGAGGAGGAGGACUGCAAACCUCAGGACUCCGAAGGGGAAGAAAAACCCACAGAGAAGGAGGAGGGGAAAACUGUGGAAGAGAAGAAAGAAGAUGAAAAAAUGGAGGUUGACCCCUGCCCAGAAACUGUUGCCUCAAGUCACGAGAAAGACCAAGUUGAAAACAAAGACCCUCCCUCGCCUUCUGUGGGGCCCGUGAGGGAAGAGCCGGUGCAGCAUGUGGAACAACCCAAGAAGGAGGAGGCCGCCGCGUCAAACCUUUACUAUGACGUGGUGAAUGUCAGCGAGGGCUUCCAGCUGCGGACGGCUUAUAAGAAGAAGGUAAAGCCUUCCAAGCUGGACGGGCUCUUGGAGCGCCGGGUGAAGCAGUUCACCUUGGAGGAGAAACAGAGGCUGGAGCGGAUGAGACAGGCGACCCUGCUGUCCAAAAUGGCUGCCACGAAGCCCAAUUCUGGAGUUAAGACUGAAGGAUCCACGUUAGGCAAACAGCAGCCUGCUGUGACUCCCUGCGUUAAAGCAGAAGAGAAGGAGGAGAGCUUACAGGUGAACGACCAAGUGGUUAAAAAGCUUGAAUUUGAGGAGGAGCAGACGGAGGAUAAAACAGACUCCGCAGCAACAAACCACAGCAAACAGACGGAGGUGAAAGCUGUGCAGGGGAGUGGAGCGGAGGCCUUAGCCCAUAAAGAGGUGAAUGGAGAAUCCUUAAAGAACGCCGAGCUCAACAGUAAAAACAAUUGUAUAUCGGAGGCAAUAGAAAGCAAAGAGAAAACACAGAAGCCAGAGAACGCCAAGAAACGUGGAUAUGAGGAGAUGGAGCAAGGCGGCGCGCAGAGCGACACAGAGAGCGCGGAGGUCGACCGAAACAAGACGGGUCCGGUGCAGGUGAAUGGGAAAACUGCGAUCAGCACGACGGAGGACUCAAGCAUCAAUUCAGACCCGUCCAGUCAAGUCCAGGGUGACAUCAAAGAGCCUGUCAAGUCUCUAAUGAACGGAGACCUCUCGCAAAACGAUGCGUCCGACAAAUGUCACCCACCUCCGCUGAAAGUCCCGAAGUUGGAGAACCACGUGGCGGAGAGAGGAGACGCUCUCGGUAAGAGUGAGGACAGUGAGGGGACGAUGCCUGCUAAGCUUCCAUCGUCAAGCGUCUCCUGCGUGAAUAGCAAUAGCACCGACAACGGCAGCAGUAGCGAAGGUUUGAAGUCUUCAAUCGCCACCACAGAGCCUCAAAAUGCCUCAACGACUGGCGCAUCCCGCAGCGUUGCGGCGACCACCGCCGUCUCCUCUGUCACCACUUCCACCACUGCUCAGUCCAGCUCCCUUGCGCCCGGGGCGGUUGUCUCCCAGAAGGCCAAACUUCCAGUCACCGACAGCAAGACGAGCGCCUGUGGUUCAACAACAAGCAGCUCCAUGACCAUUAGUAAAGAGUAUUCCACCAGAGGCCGAGUCAGCCUUCUGAGGUUCUCCAAAUCCAGGAAGGCCCGCUCGGGCACCGCCCUGCCGUCCUACCGGAAAUUCGUCACCAAGAGCAGCAAGAAGAGCAUCUUCGUCCUGCCGAAUGAUGACCUGAAGAGGCUGGCGAGGAGAGCGGGCAUCAGAGAGGUGCCCAUCUUCAACUACAACGCCAAGCCUGCCCUGGAUAUAUGGCCCUACCCUUCACCUCGGCCCACCUUUGGGAUCACAUGGAGGUACCGUCUCCAGACUGUGAGGUCGCUGGCGGGGGUCAGCCUGAUGCUGAGGCUGCUGUGGGCCUGCCUCCGCUGGGACGACAUGGCCGUUAAACCCUCCGCCGCUGUGGGGACGACCCGGAAAGAAACCACAGACACGGACAUCACCACAACAGAGAUUAUAAAACGAAGAGACGUUGGGCCCUACGGCAUCCGCUCAGAAUACUGCAUCAGGAAGAUCAUCUGUCCGCUCGGAAACAGAGACACUCCCAAAGAAACCCCCACUCCACAGAGGAAAGGCCUGCGCUCCAGCGCCUUAAGGCCCAAGAAGCAGGAGCCGGCCAAGCUGACCGGGCCUAUCGCUGUGGAGACAUGGGUGCCUGAAGAGGAGAUGGAGCUGUGGGAGAUCAGGGCCUUUGCAGAGAGGGUGGAGAGAGAGAAAUCACAGGGUAUAGAUCCCUCCAAGACUGGCAGUGCUCUGAAGACAGCCGAGGAUGUCAAGGCCCAUUUGGAGAAUCAGCUGAAACAGGCCAGACUGGCUGCUCAACAGAAACGUCUGGAGCAGCAGAGACCGAGUACAACUGCCACCGUUUCCACAACAACCGCCACCCCCACCUCAGCCAGCACUCCCAGCACCCCGGCGUCCACGGGCCAGAGGACGGGUCAGGUCGCAUCUGGAACCAAGAUGGUCCUCGCCUCCAAACUGGGCUCUCCGGUUUCCUUCCAGCAAGACAAGAACUUCCACCAGUCUUUCGCUUCCUGGGUCAAACAGGGUCAGACCAACAACAGCUCAGCCUCCUCUGGCUCGGUGGCCACCGUGGCCAGCGGCAUCACCGCCUCAGAGCAAACCUUCCAGAUCGCUGGCAGCCCAGUGACUGUGGCUGGCCAGGUCCUCGCCGCCAAACUCCCCCUGCCCGCUAACAGCAAGAUUGUCACGCUCAACAUGCCCACUACUCAAGGAGGUGUAGUCCAGCAGAAAGUCUUGGGCAUUUUCCCCUCUGGGCCUCCUGCGAACCUGAGGACGUACAGCACACUACAUCCUACGACUGGCAACAUCAACCUCAGAGCCACCACCUCCGGCUCAACUACUCAGCAACAGGCCACUACAGCAGGAGGCCAAACACAGCCAGGCACUACGAUGAGCCAGUCAUCUCCCCUGUCUACCUCUGUGGGCGCAGCAAUGGUCCGAAGUCCAGCGUUGGCUCCACAAGGCCAACCUCAGCAGGCCGUGACCCAGAUGGGCCGCGGGCACCCUGCAGCCACGGCUGUGCCUGGUUCUACACCUGUGCAGACGGCGGCAAAUCAGAGAGCAGCACCUUGUCCUGCACCGUCACCUCGUGCAGGCACCACGGCUCCUGGACAGCCCCCUGUAGCUCCCCCGCAGGCCAACAGACCACAACAGGGUCAAGUCAAACUAACUAUGGCACAGCUCAUGCAGCUAACACAGGGCGCUCAGGGUGGAAACCCCGGUCUGACAGUGGUGAUCCAGGGGCAGGGCCAGACCCAGGGCCAGCUGCAAAUCAUCCCACAGGGUGUAACGGUCAUCCCUGGCCCUGGUCAGCAGUUAAUGCAGGCGGCCAUGCCUAACGGCCAGGUCCAGCGCUUCCUUUUCACUCCCAUGCCCCCGUCCCCAGCGGCUUCAACGUCGGCACCCAGCAUUGCGAGCCCUACAAAGCCCACCAUAUCUCAGACCCCUCAAACCCAAAUGUCAGCUCCGGUUCAAGCCAGAACCGCUGCGCAGGUCCAGACGACUCCCUCAGGCUUAGCCCAAACACAAAUGGCAGCCCCACUACCUGCCCCAACACAAAUGCCAAGUUUGGCCCCCGCCCCGCCUUCGAUUCCCAUGCAAACACAAGUUGCAGCCCCUGUGCCCGCUCCGGCACAAGCUGCAGCCCAGUCACAGGUUUCAGUUGCUACCCCAUCACCCAUCCCUGCACAGUCGCAAAUCUCCGCUCCUGUUCCCGCGCUGCCGCAAGCUGCAGCCCAGGUCUCCACCCAGGUUUUAUCCUCCUCACCAGCUCCUAUCCUCGCACAACCCCACAUGGCAAGAUCAGUGCCUGCCCUGGCACAAAAUGCAGUACCAGCUAUGACUCAGAAAGUCCUCACCGCAGCCCCUGCACAAAACCAAACUGACGUCCAAGCCAUGGUCCAAUCCCAAGUCUCCACCCUCACCCCAGGCUCAUUCCCUACACAAACUGCAGUGUCGCUACCUGUCUCGGGACAAGUUGCACCCCAGGUCCAGGCCCACACCCUCAGCUCUUCCCCAGGCUUAUCCUCAGCCCCUGUCCAGAUGCACGUUACUGCCCCCGCUUUAGCGCCUGUCUCAGUCAAGACUGCCCAAGUUGCUGCAGCUACAGCAGCCGCUACUAACCUACCCCAAAUGCAAGCCUCUGCCUCUCUUCCCUCUGCAGUCCCAGUUCCAACCCCUGCUCUUGCUCCUGUCUCUGCCCCCGUCAUAGCCGUCGUGUCCACCCAUAUCGCUGUCCCAUCCCCAGCCAAAGCUCUAACCCAAAUCCAAGCCACGGCUCCGGUUCCCCUUCAUGCUGCUGUGGCCAGUGCAGUUGUCACACCAGUCACAGCCACCUCUACAACACCUUCAGUGCCAGCUCUGACAGAGCAGAGGGCCGCUGAGCCCCAGGUUUGGACUCCAGCCGCAUCUCAAGCUCAGACUCCAGUUCAACCAGCUCAGCAGGCUGCAGCCCCCAUUCAGGCUCCUGUCCUGGCCACUGUACCUGCCUCUGCCCCUGCAUCUGUCUCCACACAUUCACCUGUUACCCCUCUGCCUCAAGCUUCUCUUACUCCUCAGUCUCAAGCACAAGUCCAGCACCCUGCUGUGGUGUCCGUGCAGCAGGUGCCUCAGUUGCCGGUCUCAGCAGUGCAGGUUCACAUGAAGGGACUACCGGUCUCUUCUGUCGUGACGACUGUGAGACCCUCCCAGCCUCAGCUCCAGCCCCAAACCGGUACUCAAUUACAACCCCAGCCUCAAGCCCAGAUCCGUGCACAGAUUCAGGUCCAGCCCUUUGGCCAAGUCCAGCAACUGCCACACAUUCAGGCUCAAGCGCAUCUCCAGUCCCAAGCACAAGCCCAAAUCCACCCCCAGGUCCGAGUUCAGUUUCAGCCGCGGGCACCCCAAGCCCAAGUGCAGCCCCUCGCUCAAAUCCAACCUCAGGUUCAGUUUCAGUCCCAAAACCAAACCUUGCCCCAGGUUCAGGCCCCGGCCCACGCCCAACUCCAGUCAAGGGUCCAACCUCAGUACCACCCCCAGGUACAAGCUUCAUUUCAAACACAGGCGCAAACCCAACCCCAGGCUCAGCAACAGCCUCAGGUCCAACCUCAGCCCCAGGUUCAGUCCCAGCCUCAGGUUCAGUCUCAGGCCCAAACACAACUCCAUCCCCACGUUCAGGUCCAGUUCCAGCAACAGAGCCAGAUUCAGCCUCAGGCCCCGCAGCAACCCCAGGUCCAAACUCAAGUCCAAACCCAGCCCCAGUUUCAAGUCCAGUCACCGCAGCAGACCCAGGUACAGCAACAGCUUCAGGUCCAAGCCCAACCCCAAGUCCAAGCUAAGCUCCAAGUCCAGUUCCAGCCUCAAAACCAAAAUCAAGUUCAAACGCAGCCUCAGCUUCAGGUCCAGUCUCCAAUCAGACAUCAGCUCAUCACUGUUCCCGGGCUGCAACAGCCAGUCCAGCUGCUGUCAGCCCUGCCACCCCACGUGGCAGCCCAGAUCCAAGCCCAGAUCCAGGCACAGGCACAGCAGCAGGGUGGCACAGUCCCACAGCAGAUCAAACUGCAGCUGCCUAUCCAGAUCCAGCAGACAGGGGGGCAGAUUCAGGCCCACCAGAUCCAGAACAUGGUGACUAUACAGGCACCAGCGAGCGUCCAGGAGCAGCUUCAGAGAAUGCAGCAGCAGCAGCAGCAACAACAACAACAACAACAACUGCAACAACAACAACAACCACAGCAGCAGCAGCAACAACAACCACAACCAAAGAAGAAGAAACACCACGAGGCUAAAAGGGAACACAAAGAGCAAAAUCUGCAGACUGUUAGCCCCGGCGAUGGCAUCCAGAAACAGGCGGUCGUGAAGCAGAAUGCCACAGCAGAGCAGCUGAAACAGAGGAAGACUCUGGCUGCAGCGGAGAGAGAGGAGAACCAGAGAAUGAUUGUGUGCAACCAGGUGAUGAAGUUCAUUCUCGACAAGAUCGAGAAGGACGAGAAGCAGGCGGCUAAGAAGAGGAAGAAGGAGGAGGUGGUGGAGCAGAAACGCUCCAAGCAGAACGCGACCAAGCUGACCGCGCUGCUGUACAAGCACAAAGAGCAGCUGAAGGCUGAGAUCCUGAAGAAGAGGGCGCUGCUGGACAAGGAGCUGCAGCUGCAAGUACAGGAGGAGCUGAGGCGGGACAUAGCAAGGCUACAGAAAGAAAAAGAGAAGGCCCGAGCUGCUAUCACCCAAGCUGCUGCAGCAACAGUCAAGGCGGCAUCUUCCCACUCCUCCCAUCCUGCUCACUCCACACAUUCCUCUCACAGUGCCCACGCAGUGACCUCACCUUCCUCAUCCCAUAAACGCAAGAGGGAAGAAGAGAGGGACAAAGACAGAAACAGAGACAGGGACAGGCAUCACGACAAGGACAAGAAACGGGACAGGGACAAGGACAGAGACCGAUACAGAGACAGAGAUAAAGAGCGAGACCGGGAUCGAGAGAGGGAGAGAAACCGAGAGCGGGACAGACAUCGGGACAGGGACAAAGACCGGGACCGGGACAAGGACAGAGAUUCCAGCUCCUCAAAACACAAGAAGAAGAAGAAGCUCUCUUCUACCUCAAAGGAUCACAAGAAGGACACCAAACUGUACUGUAUCUGCAAAACACCCUACGACGAGUCCAAGUUUUACAUAGGGUGCGACCUGUGCUCCAACUGGUUUCAUGGCGCGUGUGUCGGCAUCACGGAGAAGGAGGCCAAGAAGUUGGAGGACUUUGUGUGUAACGACUGUAAACGUGGCCAGGAGGGAGGAAGCAACGAGGAGCUGUACUGCAUCUGCCGGACACCAUAUGACGAAUCACAGUUUUACAUAGGCUGCGACCGCUGCCAGAACUGGUACCACGGGCGCUGUGUGGGCAUCCUGCAGAGCGAGGCCAACCACAUCGACGUAUACGUGUGCCCGCAGUGUCAGUCGACAGAAGACGCCAUGACAGUCCUCACGCCGCUCACUGACAAAGACUAUGAAGGGUUGAAAAGAAUAUUACGCUCGUUACAGUCUCACAAAAUGGCCUGGCCUUUCCUUGAACCAGUGGAUCCCCACGAUGCACCUGAUUAUUAUCGCGUGAUAAAGGAGCCAAUGGACUUCUCCACCAUGGAAACCCGUUUGCAAAAGCGACAUUACCACAAGCUGACGGAGUUCGUGGCCGACGUGACCAAAAUCUUCGACAACUGCCGCUAUUACAACCCCAACGAUACGCCCUUCUUUCAGUGUGCCGAGGUGCUGGAAGCCUUCUUUGUACAGAAGCUCAAAGGUUUCAAAGCGAGCAGAUUGUCAGAUUCUUAAAGUGGGCCAGUCUAGCUGGAGUCUGGACUGGAUGCUGGGGUUUCUAGUAAUAAUGACAUGGGAACGUUCUGUUUCCAGAAAAUCUAAAAAAAUAACCAUUAAUAAAGAAAAACAAAAAACAAGAACACACACUUAAACACCAAAUGUGCUUAUCAUGUAAAUGUCACACAAUUUGAAGUUUUCAACAACAAUAUUUUUGGUAAUAAUCACAAAAUAGCAGCCAUGUUGAAAAGUGGUAAUCAUGUAAUUGAGGGACAUCCUUUGUUCUGAUCAGGAUAUUGGCCUUUUUGAACAAUCCAUCACAGUAUCUAGGUUGUUUUAAACACAUUUUAGUUCUGAACUUGUAUUUAUUUUCUGCUAAACAUCUGAGUUGGAUUGGAUAUGUUGAGAAUGAUGACCUUACCAGAUAUAUAAGAAUAUAUAAAGCUGCAUAUUUUAUUAUAAGAGAGAUAUUUAUGAGACGUUUUGUAUGUUUCUCCACCUGGAGUUUGACUUAGCUGGUUGUGUUGAGUGUACAUACGUUUUAUCUUGUACAAUGGUUGUAAGAUAUAUCUGACUUUGAAUGUUUGGAUGUUUUAAAUAAUUAUGAAGCAAACCAUUUUAGAUAGUAUUGUUUUAGAAGACCAAAAUGUACCACGAAGAAUCAGGAAUUUGACCUCAUCUUGUUCCUCACUUAAUAAUGUAACCUCAGUUUUGUAGUUGUGGAAGAUUUCUUCAGUAAUAAAGGCAUUCCCAAUAAAAUUACACCAACAUGGCUGCAGGAUCCUCUGCCUACACUUCCACGUUCUCCGUGUCUGUUUCUUGAGAUGUCACGACAAUAAACAAAAAUGUGAAGGGCUCUCAAUUUUCCCCUCUCUCCGCAUUCUGUAGGUCUCAUAACAACAAGCUACAGUCUUCUUCAGCCUCUUAGAAAGCAUCGCACAUUGCUGAAACAAAAUGCACUUGCCAAGAAUAUGGCUUUUCUGAACUGUAACUCUGUGACGGACUCUGCCUCAGCCUGUGUUUGGGAUCUGCUCCUCUGACUGUUGGUGCACCCGGCACUGCUGCUUUCACUGAACUGUUGAGGCAGAGCUGCCCUCUGCCCAUUUCAGCUCUAAGGGACCUUUUUGGACCUUCAUCAGUGGGACUGUACUGAGGAGCGUGAACAACUGAGGCAUUUCAGAAGAAAGUUUACCUCGGAGAAAAGACUCUUAAAGGAGCUCUCAUAUUUCCAUGUACUUUAUUUUUUUGAUCGCAGUCUUUUUAUUUUUAUUUUUUUUUCUUGUUAAAAAUCCCUCAGGCCAUCCUUGUGGUCAUCAUGUCCAAGAAAUAGGAAGCUGAAUACUGACUGUACAACGGCUGAGUUUUACUGAGCAUAAUGUAUCAAGAGUUUUGUGUCUAAAUUCAGAUAUCAUGGUGGAACAACUUUUUUUCUCCCAUUUCCACUCAUUGUUUAGUCUGAAGUGGCAUGAAAGACAGUUGUACUAAAUAUCUGGACAUCAGUAGUCUGCUUGGUUAAACUUCUAUAACCUACUUAAAGUAUGGUAAUAAGCUAUUGUAAAUGAAUUGCUCUGCAGUAGUGACUGACUGAGAAGGAUGAAACCAUGUAUUUGAAGGUUCCUGUCCUGUUUGUAAAAAUUUGUCAGAUUUUGACUUGAUUCCUUUUUCUUUUUUUGUAUUACAGCUGAAGAAAUAUUGAUGUAUAUGGAACUUAAUAAAAUGGAAAAGACUGA